GUACAGACAGCGGUGAAUGCAUAGACUACCUUGAAUCGCGUCCGCCUUUCGGCAAGAUGUUUACCCAUACCAGAAGAGCCGUUUGAGAACCAUCGGAUCAGGACGAUACUACGGUCAACCCUGAAGACGAAGCGGUGAAUUCAAAGGCUUCGCACUAAUUGCUUUUUGGAAGACUAGCAAGUGUCUACUUCCUCUACAUAUAAAUAGAAUGGGUGGAUGGAUCUCAAAUUCUCCUAUUUGUACACUUUUACGAUAAUUUUCUUUGGACCAGAAUGUCGAACAGCACUCAUGUGAUGAGCGCGACAAAUGAUGCCAUCCGGUGGGAGAAUAAGUUUUGCCUCUUCGCGCAAGUACCGAGUAUGGAAGAGAUGAAGAGAGAAGUGGCGAACAUUACCUGCCAGAUGCAAUCAGUCUACCUAGAGGAUGACUCGUUACCGUUGACGCGACAUUCAAUAUCGGAUAGACGGGUUGCUAUGUAUAAGGAGGACGACCAACCGGCUAUUGAACGAAAAAGAAAAUUCAAUACGUUAGGUGGGGCUAUCCAGCAACCGUCAAAUGCGUCUACGUACGACGACCAGACCUGGUUACUGAGGUCAAAUACAAUCGACAAAAUGAAUCAAAUCAGCGCCAGUUUGCCGCGCGAGGAGCAAAUCUCCGAGGUGUUCAAUUUUAAUGGUAGACAGUUUAGACAAACUUACAAACGGCGUGUAAGUCUGGAGCGAAAAACUACCAGGGAGGUCUUUCUCCUACCUGCAAGUUCGACGGAUGGUCGUCCUGAUCCUACACAAAAUGAGGUAUCCGAAUUCGUUUCACCGUCUUUUCUUCAAUCUGAGCAAACAAACCACGAAUUUUCAAAGCCGGUGUUCAACCCAAGACCCUUACUGGAUUUGUCCGUGAUGCACUGCCCGCCAAAACCGGAUCAUGAGGACUGUUGCAUCACGCCCACACUUGUACUACACCCCACUUCGAAAUAUCCUAGAGAGAGGUCAAUUAAUUCGUUGCAGUCUUCACCGUCUUCACAACUGCACACGAUCCAUCUUCUCUCGGGGGCUAUGAAUACUGUUUGUCCUUCGUCCAAUCAUCCCGGUAGAAGCAAUGCUACUAAUAACGUUUCGACACAAGACAACAGCAUGAACAGUGCACUUCUUCACCCACUGCGGAAUGUUGUUGAUUCCGUUCGGAAGCGCUUCAACAAACAUCACAGAAGUGCGAAAUCAGUAGAUUGGAAAAUUCCAGUGAAUAACGAUCAGCGGUUGCAAAGUGGUAUCUCGUGUGAAUUACCAGAAGCCAAUUCAGGAAUGGUUAAACAUGGAUCUGAUGACAAGGACCUUGUGAAAGUUAGUGGAAUCUUCGGGUACAUGUAUCAGUUUGGCAUAUGGGAUGCUCAGUCACCAAUACUGGAUCCCCGUCUACCAAUUACGGAUGAAACAGCCGAAACUACAUGGACUGUGAAGGCAAGGUGUCCGGAAUGGCAUCACGCCGAAGUUUGUUUGGAUUCCACUAGCAUGACACCCGGGGACCGUGAACCACUCGUUCGUGGACGCAUUGUGGCAUGUUUACAGCGCUUCACACAACACAACCCAGCUAGUGGACAAAGUUUACAUCGAAGUACCUAUGUUCAACAAACCAGAUUGUUUCGACAGCGUGACAGACAAGUUACUACAAUGAACGCCGACAAAUCAUCAAUUAAAGAUAUCAAACUUUGCUCGGGAUUGGAUGAAAAUGUUAAAAAUGGCACAACAACCAAGCAUUUGGGACCACUGGACGAUACGGAAAGUGGCCAUGCUUUCUCACAGUCCAGAGCAAACCCGGUAGGUUGUGCAAAUAGCGCAGAAGUUCCAGAGUCAAAAGCGAGCAAAGGGAAUCACCAACCCGCACGAUGUAGUCCCGAACGACUCCAGCUGUUGCAAUCUAUCUGUCCGUCUGCCGCAGCUGCAAAUACUUUACUAGGUCAUCGGCUCACUAAACAACGUAUUUCUCUCUUGGAAACCGACUCGGAGGAGGAUGGAAUGGAGUCAAAGUCAAGUAACUUUGAUUACCCUCUGGUCACCGCGACAACCUGGUGUCCACCCGCAUUCAUCACCAGAGAUCCCUCUCCCUAUUUGGUUUUCCAACGAAGUUGCGAAGAACCCAGGCCCUCAUCAAAACACAUGAAGACGAAGAUGUUGACCGCCGUGCCACAAUUGCUUAUCCGUGGUGGAACUUUGGACGGAUUGCUGGCUUACACUCUCCAAUCAUUGAUGCAGAGACCAAGUGCUUCACCGUGGGACAGCCUGUUUCAUCACGUUUUUCGCGUCACUUAUCCAACUUUCACUACGUCGGAACGAGUAGUUGAGAAGCUCAUCCAAUUCUACGUUGCAUGGGCACCAGUGGAGCCCGGUUGCCAGAGCACUAAUUGGAACGAAGCUUUAUUGGCUGCCAACUUUUUGGUUACUGUUGCAAAGGAAUUACAUCCAGAUCAAUUGACCACGCGACUCGUUCUUCGACUGGCGCGAUUUGCUCGUUUGCUCAUACUGGAUGGGUUGGAACGCGAAAAGCACCAUACAGAUACAGAAGACUCACCACAACACAAUACAGUUAAUAACACGGCCACCACUCGUCUAAAACCAUACUUCACUGAGCACAAAAGCUUGGCUGAUGCCUUAUUUGAAAGCAUUCCACUUGUAUCUGCGGCUGCUCAACUUCGUGAGAGAAUGAGCCUUUCAAUUACCACCGCAUCAGCAAGAGUCCAACGAAGUAAUGGGUCCAUGAGGGUUGAAAGUGAGAAACUGUACAAGACCAGCAAUCAUAGAAAUAAGGCGUCAUUGUUACCGGAGCUACGAAAUGAGACGUCUGAUACCGUUGGCACGUUAUCUCCAAACAAAGGUAUCCACAACGAAGUUUUCACUAACCUCAGCUGCGCUUUGAAACGAACAGAACAGCUCGUUAGAUGUGAUUCACAAUUAUUGGCCAGAGAAAUUACUCGAAUGGAAGAGGAAAUGUUUUCUCAGAUAAAUUUCCAUGAAUUUCUUGACAUUCAUCGACUGGAACGGGGAGAAUCACCGACAUUGAGUCGUUGUGUGGAGCACUUCAAUCGAACAACCAGCUGGGCACGGAGCUUGCUGUUUGUGCUUGGUCCAGCGCUUGGACAGUGGUUGUCUUCUACAUACACCAUUGGCCCGACAGGGAGAAUGCGUGAUGUAAGCAACCACAGGAUUACGUGUCAACAGAGCAUUUUACCAAUGAGUUGCAGCCAAAAUAUUGACAAGUACCGAGAUGCAAACGAAGAGAGGAGUCCGUAUUUUUUCGACGUGCCGGAUUUUAAUACUCUGGUCGCUUCAAAGAUUGGCAAGGAAACAGAGUCUAACAGUCAAACCUCUGUCGGAUCAGAUCUUAUGUGUGCAAGGGAAGCCGGAACAAGUGUUUCGAAAAGGAAUGUUCUUCCGAUACAUGCUAAAUGUUAUGUGAACAUAAUAUUUGGAAAACUAUGUGAUAUUUUGAAGCAUCUGAAAGCGCUGAAAAACUUCAGCUCACUUCUUGCGCUUCUUCUGGCAGUGCAACAAGUACCAGAGUGUAUGUUGUCUAGAAGGUCAAAAAUGCUGGUGUCGAAGUUUUCUUCGUACAUGAAACCACCUACGUUCGCCGAGUACCGACGGGAUUUGGAGGGUUCCUCUCUACCUUGUCUGCCAUAUUUGGGUCUAAUAUUUCAACAGUUGAUACAUCUACGUGCAGGAAAUUCAAUAUACUUAAAUCAGGAAACCGAAGAGACGCACGUGGAGGAAGCAUCAGAUGGCGUGGAUCAAGACGCCACAAAAAUAGCCGACCGUACCGGUUUAACCCGGCCUCCUGAACACAUUAUAAACAUAUGGCGGUGCUGGAAACACUAUCUGAUAUUGGGGUACUUCUUGAAAAGAAAAGAAAAUCCGGAGAAAAACUUGCAUCACAUCCCGUGUAUAAAGGAAGUGCAGGCAAUAAUCAAUGGGUUUUGCGACACAUUUCCUGAUGAUCUGUUAGAAAAAGCCAAAGAACGGCUGGUUCGCAGCGUGAAAACGAAGCGGACGUGAACCAUCAGUCAUACCAAAUGACUUCUUUCAUUUUAGUAUUGUAAGCUGACAACUUUCGCUGGAUUGCUUUGAGCUCCGGUGGCCACCGGCUAUAUGAUUAAAUCGGUGAUUUUUUAGCACAUGUUUAUAAUUACUUGUUAAUUCCGGGAUCGUUUCCUUACGAAUUUCAUUCUGCAAGGACCCAUUUCGCUGUGCACGUUUGUUACUGACCACCAAUACUUAUUUUCUGUAGCAAAUCAAGCGCUUGAGAG